CAGGUUGAGCUCUUGCCGUAAAGCUAUAUAUACUCCUUCGUCACCGUUCUUAAUUCCUGUAUUCCGAUCUUUUCCGGCGUCUGACAGCAUGUCUCACCGGAAAUUUAGCGCGCCCCGUCAUGGCUCUAUGGGGUUCUACCCCAAGAAGCGUGCCCGUCGUCAUCGUGGUCGCGUGAAGUCUUUCCCCCGCGAUGAUCCUAAGAAACCAAUCCACUUGACAGCUUUCUUGAGUUACAAGGCUGGCAUGACCCACAUUGUUCGUGAAUGCGACAAGCCAGGAUCUAAGGUCAACAAGAAGGAAGUCGUUGAGGCUGUCACCAUCCUGGAAACACCCCCCAUGGUUAUUGUGGGCAUUGUUGGAUAUGUUGCUACUCCAAAGGGUCUUCGUGCUUUGAGGACCGUCUGGGCUGAGCACAUUGGUGAAGACUGCCGUCGUCGCUUCUACAAGAACUGGUACAAAUCUAAAAAGAAGGCAUUCACCAAGGCCUCAAAGAAGUGGCAAGAUGAUUUGGGCAAGAAAGUGAUUGAGAAGGAUUUGAAGGCUAUGAAGCGUUACUGCAAAGUUAUCCGCGUCAUCGCUCACACUCAGAUGAAACUUCUUCGUCAACGUCAAAAGAAGUCCCACAUCAUGGAAAUCCAACUCAACGGAGGUACUAUCCCUCAAAAGGUUGAUUGGGCUCGUCAGCACUUGGAGAAGACCGUUCCCAUCACGUCCGUCUUCGCUCAGGAUGAGAUGAUUGACGUUAUUGGUGUAACCAAGGGCAAAGGAUUCAAGGGUGUGACUUCUCGUUGGCACACUCGUAAGCUUCCACGCAAGACCCACAAGGGUCUCCGUAAGGUCGCUUGUAUCGGUGCGUGGCAUCCGUCCCGUGUCCAGUACACAGUUGCUCGCGCUGGUCAGAAGGGUUACCAUCAUCGUACGGAGAUGAACAAAAAAAUCUACCGUAUCGGCAAGGGUAUCCACACCCGCAAGGGAAAGGUCAUCAAGAACAAUGCCUCGACUGAGUAUGAUCUGACAGACAAAUCGAUCACUCCUAUGGGCGGUUUCCCCCACUAUGGUGAAGUCAACAAUGACUUUGUUAUGAUCAAGGGAUGCUGCAUGGGACCCAAGAAGCGUGUCAUCACUCUUCGUAAGGCUUUGGUUACCAGCGCCAAACGUGUUGCCUUGGAGAAGAUCGAAUUGAAGUUCAUCGAUACCUCGUCCAAGUUCGGUCACGGUCGAUUCCAAACUCCGGCCGACAAAGCCCAGUUCAUGGGUCCUACAAAGAAGUCGAAGACGCCGGUUGCUGCAGCUGCAACUCCUGCGGCUCCCGCCAAAGCUUAAGCUUUGCAAGGCAUAUCUCGAUGUGUAUCGACUAUUUUACAACUGUUGAAUACAUUGGACAUUGCUU